CGUCGUCGUCGUCUAGGCUGGAGUCGGCGGAGGGAAGAAGGCGCCGGUCAUGGCGUACAGCGGCCUGGCGGUUCCUAUCGUCGUCAUGACCGUUUUCUGGGGGGUGGUCGGUGGCAUCCUGCCGUGGUUUGUGCCCAAGGGCCCCAACCGGGGUAUUAUCAACACAAUGCUGGUGACAUGCGCUGUUUGCUGCUACCUCUUCUGGUUAAUAGCAAUCCUGGCUCAGCUGAACCCGCUGUUUGGCCCACAGUUAAAAAGUGAUAUAAUUUUGUACCUGAAAGACCACUGGCCUUAAUGAUGUCCUCUUCUGUCACCGUUUGUGAACUAGGAUAUGAAGACAUGUUUUUUAUGGAAGGCUCCACUGAUCCAAAGAUGCUCUUAAUGUACUUUGAAUUCAACCAGGUCUACUCUAAUGCCUUACUGUUUGUUCUGUCACAAAUAUUUGCCUAAAGCAGGUCUUCUGGUUUCACACCUGAAAGUGCCUAGUGGAUAUAUUUUCUUGAGUAUAACUUUAUUCUUGAAUGUGAAGUGUAAUGAAACAUGUUUACUCAUUCCUCUGCCAUUAUGGCAAGAUGCACUGAGAACUGCCUGUCCCUCUCCAAGCAUCAUUUGUCGUAACAAUUUCCAUACUGGAUUUUCUAAUGAUUUAGUUCACAUGUAUGGUCUGAUACUUUAAAUGAAGAUGUACUGUGCCUCUGGAAUAAAAUUCUAUUCUUAUUGUUGUA